AUGAUGCAAGGCAUGUCCUUUCCUCCGCACCCGGCGGGCAUGCAACCAGGUGUGCCCCACGGUCACCCAGGAAUGCCUCCCAAUGCUCAGCACAUGGGCCAGCCGAUGCAGAUGCCUGGUGUCUCGGGUCCUGGUGCUCCUCACAUGGGUCAACCAGCUAUGAUGGGUAUGCAACCCGGCCAGCAGAACAUGCCUCCUGGUAUGGGUCCCGGCCCGGGUGGUGGCAUGAUGCCGCAACAGUCCAUGGGCGGUCCCGGUGCAAACGCCAUGGCCAUGAGCCAUCUCAACCCCCAGACCCACAUGAUGCAGCAACAUCACCAAAUGCAGCAAGCAAUGGCCAGCAACCCUCAAUUGAUGAUGCAGCAGCAACACCUGGCUCGUCAACGGCAGAUGAUGGCAGCGCAACAAGCCCAGCAACAACAGCAGCAGCAGCAACAGCAGCAGAUGAACGGCAUGGGUAUGGGCAUGGGUAUGAACGGCCAUCCAGGCAUGAGUCCUCAGCAGUUUGCACAGAUGCAGGGAAACCCUGCCUUCCAGAAUGCACAAAUGGCCAAUCUACCGCCUCAACACAUAAUGCAAAUCCAGCAGAUGCGACAGAUCCAAGCUGCUCAGGCACAGCAACACGCGCAACAACAGCAGCAACAGCAGCAGCAGACGCCGCAUCCUCAAGGCCCUCAGGCUCCUGCAACGCCUCAGAUGCAGCAGCAGUCAAUGGCUCAGCACAUGGCAAUGCAGCACGCCUCGUCUCAGGCUUCGCACCAGAGCGCCCCUCAGAACAGCCAGGCUCCACCACAGCAGCCGCCCCCAGCUCAGAUGAGGAGCCAGUCACAGAUCCCGUCUGGUCCUGAAGGCCAAGGUCAAGCAUCACAGCACGCUCAACCUCCUCAGCCUCAGCAGCCACAACAGUCUCAAGGACAACCCCAGCAACAGCAGCAGCAGCCGCAGCAGCAGCAACCACCGCAACAACAGCAGCAGCAGCCGCCUCCUCAGCCUCCAAGUGCCCAACCUACGCCUCAAAUGCAGGCACAACCGCUACCUCCUCAACCUCCCUCUUCGCAACCUCAGCAGCCGAACCAGCAAACCCCUUCGCAACCGGGCUCUGGUCAGUCUCAAAACCAGCCGCAGAAUGCCCAGCAGCAGCAACAGGCGCAGCAACAAGCUCAGCAGGCACAGCAGCAGCAACAGAUUCAAAAUGCUCAGCAACAGCAGCAACGCCAGCAGAUGAUGAAUAUGAACAACAUGAACAUGAUGCGCCAACAGCAAGCCAUGGCUGCUCAACAGCAGCAACAACAGCAGCAGCAGCAGCAGCCAAGUCGCACAAGCAAUGGCCAGUUCAUCCUCAAGCUGAUUCAAUUCUCUGAUCAUCUCAGCGCAUUCAACGCGACCUUCUGGACACCAGACGGCCGGCUCGUACAACACGUCCUCGACAACACGAAUUCGUCGACCAAGCAGUUCAUGAUUAGUGCCUCUUCGCUAGCACGUUACUACUGGACUUGGGAGAUCCCUGCCCCCAACAAUGCUCAUUGGGUGACUUGCACACGUGCUCGCUAUAUUUUCUGGUUUGCAAACAACACCCAACUGAUCUGGCAAGGCAAGCUGACAGCCUCGUUCCCUGCCGGCUUGGACAAGUUCGAAUCGCUCGAGUUCGAAGUGUCCAAGACGGAGGAAUUCAUCCCACGUUCCGAACUCGCGCGUGUUGUCGCCCAGGGCUCCCCCCUGAUGAACAAAAGUCCCAAGUUAAGCAGAACACCGGCUAAGAAGGCAAUGCAAAAGGCACAAGGCGCUCUUCAGCUCGAAGAUUUCCCAUCCGCCCCUGUCAAUGAAUACGCCGUCACUCCCGCUGUUAUGCAAUACCUUGAGGUAGAUGUGCUUGUUCCAGAGUUCCAGCUGUACGACCACCUGAACUGA